GUUCGAAGAUUGAUUAAAUAUUUUCAAAAAUUCAGUUGUUCAUUUUCUGUUACGCUAGCUAAUUCAUACUAUAAUGCAUAAGUUGUUUGUAAUAUUCUCGCUGGCAUUUGCUUUGGUCUUGAUGACACAAGCCGAUGGAAUUUUGGACCUGGAAGUACUCAAAGCAAAAUUUCUUCCAGCUGAAUUUGUUGGCAUGAACUUCACAGCUGCCGAAGGUAGAAAACUUUUGAAGGAAAAGUGUGAAAAAGUAGCAGGGAACAAUGAGACGGUAUUCCUUCAGGCACACAGAGGUGCCCUCGAGUUCGUGAAAUGUAUUUCUAAUUUCGGGAAUUUGACAGCUAUUCAAGAAGAAAUAGAAAUAGCAAAGCCAAUCGGAGAGUUAGAUACAAUAUUCCAAAAGUAUUGCAAUAAAAAAUCACACAUAGAAAUGUGUUUCGAUAAUUUAUUGAAGAAAAUCAACCCAUGUCUCAGUGCAGAAGAAAAGGCACGUCAUUCUACCAUAUAUCAAGUCGCAUCGAAAAUGGCUGGAUUUAUGUGUCACAAAGGAGGUGAUCAAAUUGCUUUGUUCUAUGCUGAACAGGGACCAGAAUGCUUGGAAGAAAAUAAAGACAAUAUCAACUAUUGCAUGAACGCAUCGUUCGCUGACUACAUCCCAAAGAACGGGGUUCCAGAUGUCAAUAACCUGCCACAACUAGCUAUGGGCAAGAAAGAAUGCCAAGAUAUGCAGGAUUUUGAAAAAUGUGUAUUGUUCCAUUUGGAAAAGUGUAACGAUAUCACCCCUUCGAACAUUAUCGAAUCAGUGUUUAAAUUUGUAAAGAAUGAAACUCAAUGCGAGCCGAAGCCAAAAGUUGCUUCAUUCACUCUUCGGACUAGCGGUGCAGAAUCUGUGAGAAGUGUUACAAUUACUUUGGGUCUUGUUUUGUUUGUUUUAAAAUUAGUAAUAUAAUUUUAUGAUAACAAUUUUUUUUUUUCAAUAAAGUUAUUUAUGUAUUAAUAUUUUUUUACCGCAA